AAAGGAAUAUAAAAUAAAUACGAAAAAAUAAAAAAAUUUUAUAAAAUUUUCAUUUGAUUAUGUAUAAUAUUUAUAUAAAGUUAUAAUGAAAGGAUUAUUAUUAGUUAGUAUACUAUUAAUAAAUGGGAUUACAAUAUCCCAUUGUAAGGCACGUGAACGUCAUACAAGAAAUGGUGGCGGUAGCGGCGGUAGUGGUAAUUUUGAUAGAGAAACACGUAAACGAAUACGACAACAACAACAGCAAUUACAACAGCAAUUGCAACAACAACAACAACAGUCACAAAAUAGUAAUCAAAUAAAUUCAAAUGUAUAUAAUAGUAAUACACAAUUUUUAAAUAGUAAUAGUAAUAAUAAUAAUAACAAUAAUAAUUUUAAUUUUAAUAAUUAUAAUAAUAAUUUUAAUAAUAACAAUAAUAAUAAUAAUUAUAAUAAUAAUUUAAAUAUAAAUUUUCAUAAUAAUUAUCAUAAUAAUAUUAAUAGUUUAGAGGAUAAUCGUAAUAAUACGGAUUAUGUAAAAGGAAAGAAAAUUUGCAUUGGAACAAAAAGUCGCCUGUCAGUGCCAUCAAAUCGGGUUCACCAUUAUAGAAAUUUACGGGACCGUUAUAAUAAUUGUACCUAUGUAGAUGGCAAUUUAGAAUUAACAUGGUUACAGGAUGAAAAUUUAGAUUUAAGUUUUUUGGAGCACAUACGUGAAGUAACUGGUUACAUUUUGUUUAGUCAUGUCGAUAUUAAGAGAGUUGUUUUGCCAAGACUUCAAAUUAUUCGAGGUAGAACGUUAUUUAAACUAAAUGUACCAGAGAAACAAUAUGCUUUGUUUGUGGCAUACUCUAAAAUGUUUACUCUUGAAUUACCAGCAUUACGAGAUAUUUUGUCAGGAUCAGUUGGUUUUGUCGACAAUUUCAAUUUGUGUCAUAUCAAGUCUAUUAACUGGAAGGAAAUAAUAUCAGAUCCACAAGGAAAUUAUGCUUGGGCAUAUAAUUUUUCUUCAGCGGAACGUACAUGUCCACCCUGUGAUAAAAGUUGUGAUGGUGGAUGUUGGGGAACUGGACCACAAAAUUGCCAAAAAUUCAGUAAAGUAAAUUGUUCACCACAAUGUUCGGGAGGACGUUGUUUUGGACCAAGACCACGAGAAUGUUGUCAUUUAUUUUGUGCGGGUGGUUGUACUGGACCAACACAAAAUCAAUGUAUAGCAUGUAAAAACUUUUACGAUGAUGGUGUUUGUAAACAAGAAUGCCCACCAAUGCAAAAAUAUAAUCCAACAAAUUAUUUAUGGGAAGCAAAUCCAGAAGGAAAAUAUGCAUAUGGAGCUACAUGUGUUAAGAAUUGUCCGGAACAUUUAUUAAAAGAUCAAGGCGCCUGUGUAAGAACAUGUCCAGCAGACAAAACAGCUAAAAAUAGCGAAUGUGUACCUUGUAAUGGGCCAUGCCCAAAAACAUGUCCCGGAGUUUCUGUUUUAAAUUCUGGAAAUAUCGAUGAUUUUAGAGGAUGUACUAUAAUUGAAGGAUCAUUAAGAAUAUUGGAUCAAACAUUUGAUGGUUAUUCAGAGGUAUUCAAAAAUUAUUCUCUGGGACCGUGGUAUAUGAAAUUGCAUCCAGAUCGUUUGGAAGUAUUUUCUACUGUAAAAGAGAUUACUGGAUAUUUGGACAUACAAGGCUUUCAUCCAGAUUUUACAAAUUUGUCAUAUUUUCGAAAUUUAGAGGUGAUACAUGGUCGUCAACUUAUGGAAAACUAUUUUGCUUCGUUCACAAUUGUCAAAACUAAUUUAAAAUCAUUGGAGUUGAAAUCUUUAAAGAGAAUCAAUUCAGGAUCCGUUGUAAUACAACAAAAUAAAUAUUUGUGUUAUGUUAACAAAAUUGCAUGGGCAAAUGUUUUAAAAAGUAAAGAUCCAAAUGUAGUUAUUGAAAAAAAUCGUGGUAGUACUGAAUGCGAACAAGAAAACAGUGUUUGCCACCCGGAAUGUAAUAGUGCAGGAUGUUGGGGAUCUGCUGCAGAUCAAUGUCUGGAAUGUAAACAUUUCAAUUUUAAUAGGACUUGUUAUGCAGAUUGUACAAAUGUGACAAAUGCGUAUCAGUAUGAUAACAAAACUUGUAAAAGUUGUCACCCAGAAUGUAUCUCUUGCACAGGACCAGGACCAGACAAAUGCAUAGAAUGUGUUAACUUCCGUGACGGCAAUAAAUGUGUUACUGAAUGCCCGUUUGAUAAGUACAAUGAAAAUGGUAUUUGCCAACCGUGUCAUCCAAAUUGUGAAGAAGGCUGCACAGGACCAAAUAACACAAUUGGAAGAGGAGCAUGUAAUUCCUGUGAUAAAGCUGUUAUGUCUGAUGACAAUAUCUAUGAUAGAUGUUUGCACAAAAAUGAAAGCUGUCCAAAUGGUUAUUAUUACCAAUAUGUUCUGCCGAAUGAACAGGGUUAUUUGAAACCACUAGGUGGUAAAGCAAUUUGUCGAAAAUGCCACCCUCGCUGUGAAAUUUGCACUGGUUAUGGUUUCCACAGACAAAUUUGUCAGAAAUGCAUUGGGUACAAAUUCGGGGAACAGUGUGAAGACGAAUGUGCUCCUCAUUUAUAUGCAGAUGAAGAAAAAAGAGAAUGUUUCCAGUGCCAUCCGCAAUGUAAAGGUUGCUUUGGACCUGGUGAAAAUAACUGUAAAUCAUGCAAAAAUUUCAAAGUCUUUGCUGAAGGAUCUAACAUUUAUGAUAAUACAACUCUGUUCAAUUGUACAGAAAAAUGUCCCCAGGAAUAUCCGUAUAAAAAUUUUGAAGAUAUAGGACCUUUCUGUUCUGCAGAACCUGCAAGGGGAUCAAAAUUAAGUGCCGGCUCCGAUACCCCUGUAUUUUUAAUUUCAGCUUGUGUUGUCUUAUUCCUCGUUUUUUGUGCACUAGCGGUUGUUGCUUAUUCUUGUCGACAAAAAACUAAAGCCAAAAAAGAAGCUGUUAAGAUGACAAUGGUUUUGGCUGGUUGUGAAGAUUCCGAACCAUUAAGACCUUCGAAUGUCGCACCGAACUUAAAUAAAUUAAGAAUUGUUAAAGAAGCAGAAUUGAGAAAAGGUGGUAUAUUAGGAAUGGGAGCAUUCGGCAGAGUAUAUAAAGGUGUUUGGGUACCAGAAAACGAAAAUGUUAAAGUACCUGUUGCUAUUAAAGAGUUAUUAAAGUGUUCCGGUGUAGAAUCAAGCAAAGAGUUUCUUGAUGAAGCUUAUGUUAUGGCUUCAGUGGAACACCCCAAUUUACUCAAACUUCUGGCAGUAUGCAUGACUUCACAAAUGAUGUUAAUAACACAGUUAAUGCCGCUAGGUUGCCUUUUAGACUAUGUUCGUAAUAAUAAGGACAAGAUCGGAUCAAAAGCUUUAUUAAAUUGGUCAACCCAAAUAGCAAGGGGAAUGGCUUAUUUAGAAGAACGUCAUUUUGUUCAUCGAGAUUUGGCUGCUCGAAAUGUACUUGUACAAACACCUUCUUGUGUUAAAAUUACUGAUUUCGGUUUAGCCAAAUUGUUAAACAGUGACAACGAAUAUAAAGCAGCUGGUGGUAAAAUGCCAAUCAAAUGGUUAGCUUUAGAAUGUAUUCGUCAUAGAAUUUUCACAAGUAAAUCGGACGUAUGGGCAUAUGGAGUCACAAUUUGGGAACUUUUAACUUAUGGUACUCGUCCACAUGAUACAAUUCCAGCUAAAGACAUUCCAGAUUUGAUCGAAGUCGGUUUAAAAUUAGAACAACCCGAAAUUUGUUCAUUGGAUAUUUAUUGUACACUAUUAUCAUGUUGGCAUUUAGAUGCUGAAAUGCGUCCAACAUUUAAACAAUUAGUUAAUGCUUUUGCGGAAUUCGCAAGAGAUCCUGGCCGAUAUUUAGUUAUACCAGGCGAUAAAUUUACAAGACUGCCCUCCUAUACAAGUCAAGAUGAGAAAGACUUAAUUAGAAAAUUAGCACCAACAUUAGAUGGGCCCGAACCAAUUGUCGAAGCUGAAGAUUAUUUCCGAUCACCACCGAAAUCGUCAAGUGGUAUUGGAACAAUGGGAACAAUAAAUGGUCGCCCAGGACCAAGUAGUGCUAAUGAACAGUUAGCAAUCGGUGAUGAUGGUAUGCCAAAGAUAAUCCGUUAUUGCAAAGAUCCUAUGAAUAAAACAUCAUCAGGAGAUGAUGAAACUGAUUCAAAUGCACGUGAAGUUGGUGUUGGAAAUUUACGUUUAGAUUUGCCUGUUGACGAAGAUGAUUAUUUAAUGCCAACAUGUCAGAAUAAUAAUACAGCACCAAGUGGAUAUAUGGAUUUAAUUGGUGUUCCAGCAAGCGUUGAUAAUCCUGAGUACCUGAUGAAUGGUGUUAAUUCAGCUAACAUUAAUAAAAAUAAUGGUAGUUCAAAUAAUAUUAUUUGCAGUAGUAGUAAUAGUGGUGGUAGUACUAGUACAUUACCAGCAGCAAUAGAUCGUAUUACAACUGGAAUUCCUGCCAUAACAUCAACUCCAGUAACAUCUGCAUUUAAUUCUUUAAAAUAUAAUAACACAGAUACAUCAGUACCAACACAAACAAUUGGUAUACCAGUUGUUAUAACAAGUAAUAGUAGACCAACAUCAACAGCAACUGUUAGUUUAUCAAGUAGUAGUAAUUCAUCGAAUAAUACCCAAGGAACUGAAGGUGAAUUAACAAGCUCUGAUCAUGAAUAUUAUAAUGAUUUACAAAGAGAACUUCAACCAUUACAUAAAAGUGAAACGACUGUAUAAUAAGAAAUCCAUAUAGAAUAUUAAUAUACAUAUAUAUAUAUAUCAUAUAUAUAAAUACUAAUUGAUAUAGGAGAUAAUAAUUUUUAAAUUAUAUAUUAAAUAAUAAAAAAAAAAGGAAAAAUUAAACUUGCCAUGAAAUAUA